AUGGCCUUUGGUGCUCCUGCCCGCGUACUUUUCGUCCCGUGUACUUUUCCUCCCGCGAAUCCCAACCCCCCCGUUGUUGUCGACCAUAUCUCCUGCACAACUAUACAACACCAGUGCAGGAAGCCAUACACACAGGACCCCACCAUGCUGGCCCCUUCGACUUCUAAUGAACGUACCACCGCAGGUUCUCGUCCCGACUACCUGAGCGCCGCAGCUACCGCCGCCGCCGCGGUCCUGGCCUCGAACGCCGGAAUGUUGGGCGAUGAACAUGGACACUACAAUCCGUAUCCAGUUCUACAACAACAACAACAACAACAACAGCAGCAACAACAGCAACAGCAACAGCACCACGCGCACGUUGGUCAUGCGCAGGUAGCCCACCAUGGCCAGCACCCUGGUCAGUUACAACAGCUCCAUACUCUCCAGCAAUUGGGCGGAGAAUUCGAGACAGCCGGUCCCAGCCAAGAUGGAGUGCUCCAGAGUCGUUAUAUCGAGAACGAGAUCAUCAAGACGUUUCCAAGCAAGGCCGAGCUCGUCAAGUACGUGAAAAAUGUGCUCAACGAUUCGGAGCAAUGUAAGAUUGUCAUCAACUCGUCGAAACCCAAGGCGGUGUACUUCCAGUGUGAGCGGUCUGGAUCAUUCCGGACCACCGUCAAGGAUGCUAGCAAGAGACAGAGAGUGGCAUAUACCAAGCGGAACAAGUGUGCGUACAGAUUGGUCGCCAACUUGUAUCCGCAAGAAAAGGACAAGAAGCGCAUCAAAAAGGGCGAAGAUGGCUCGAUUGACGAUAAGCUCAACGACUAUUCUGGCAUUACCAGUGCCGAUACCGGCGAGAUGUGGGUGUUGCGGAUGAUCAAUCCUACCCACAACCAUCCUCCGGAACCUUCGUCGUCCAAGAAGAAGCGCCUGAAAUUCACUCGUACUUUGGUCCAAAAACCAUUGCACCGCGACCCUUCGGCCUACGGCCACGAUAUGGUGCUGCUCCCAGUGCACUCGCACCUUCUGCAGCACCCCCAGCUUCACGAUGGCCAUACCCCAUCGGUAAAUGACGCUGCCGUCAUCGCAGCUAUGGCGGCCACACCUGAUGUGUCCAUGCAUCAUCAGGCAAACCCACCCGUGGACCCCAACAUCGACCCCAACGUCGAGGAGCAAGACCAUGCCCAUGGUCUCCACUAG